UGUGUGUGUGUGUGUGUGUGUGUGUGUGUGUGUGUGUGUGUGUGUGUGUAUGUGUGUACGAGAAAGAGAGGUGUUUGGCAUGUGAUAGAUGUGACCUAGGUGAAAGUCAAACGAGAAAGAACUUGUUUGGAGGGAUGGUGUCAUUCCUUUGGGAGACAAAUAGGGGGAGGGUCUAACAGCAACACAGGAACUGUGUAUGUGCGAGCGAGAAAGAGAGGAAGAGAGAGAGAGCAAGAGGGAGAGACAGAGCGAGUUACCGUUAAAAAGAAGUUUGUAUUAGUAAAGCAGGAAAAUUCCAACACCUAGAAAGCGCCUGUGCCAACACGGAGCGCUGGAGAGAAGAAGGCGGAAGCUGGAGCCGGAAGUGAGGGUACAUUGCUGGGGAAAAGUUGCCACAGCAACAUUUCCAGGUGGAGAAAAACCUCCGAACAGCAGCCAAGAAAACACAAUGAAGAGAACGGAGCCUCCUAAAUAACUAAUUAAGCGCCGGACUGAAUCCAUACUGUGAUAUUAUACCACAAAGGGAGGAGCCAUAGCAGCAGAGACUCGUUAAAGCGGAGCGGAGGAACUGAGUCUGAAUCCGCUCCUAGUGGAGCUGCUGCUCUGCUCGACCUGCUCACUCACCCUCACCCACCCACCCACUCACUGACUGAAACUACUGCUGGGUUUAACUGAACUGCUCUGGAAAAACUGAACUGAAAUCAAGAUGGAGGACUCCAAUGGCAGUAAACCCUUUAUGGUAACCUCCUCCCUGUCUCUCAAAGUCUCAACCCCAUCCUUCUAUAACCAGCCCAAAAAGUUUGCAUCGGUUGCACCCCCACGUCCCAAAGGACCAUCUGGCUUCUCAUCAAUCGCAAGCACUGGUGUGAUUGGUAGGGUUGGGGAGAUGCCCCCACCGCCUCCAGCCAUUGAUGACUUUCCACCCCCUCCUCCUCCACUGGAUGAGCUGCCAGCCCCUCCCCCUGAAUGCCAGACCACACCCCCUGCAUCUGAGGCCCCCCCACCUGAAUUUCCUGCCCCUCCCCCAGUUGCAGAUGACUUGCCCCUCCCAGCACCUCCUGAAGAUAUCAGCUUUAUGUCCUCAAGUACAUGUCCUGCACCACCACCACCCCCUCCCCCUCCCCCUCCUGCACCACCGCUACCCGAGCCUGGCAUUGGUACCAACUUUCAGAGACCGAUGGAAAAGCAGACUAGUUUUGACCGACAGCUGGACUCUCUGACUGAUAUGUUAUCAGAAAUGGAAACCAGAAGACCCUUCAACCCAAAGAUGCCCAGUCAGCCAUCGUCUGCGCCAGCCCCAAAGCCACCACCCACUGCCCCCAAACCUGCGCUGUCCUUCCUGCCCCCACCUGAGCUGCAGGACCGCCCUCCCCCUGCUCCCUGGGCUGAGGAGCUGCGUGCCCGUACCACCCUCCGUCAGACUGGUCCGAGCACAGCCUCUGCUCCAGCUCCUGCUGCACAGCCGCUGGCUAAAGGCCCUGCACCUGCCCCCAAAGCUACAUUCUCUACCAGCCAGCACACUUCUAAUUUUGGCGUCAAGCCAUCAAGUCCUGCAACCACUGCAGGUACAAAGGGGAUUAACAAUGUCCCCUCCCACACCUCUUUUCCUCCACCUCCUGCUGCACCUCCUGCUGCAGCACCUGCUCCUUCAGCAAGUGUUCCGAAACCUUCUCCAGCUUUCAGUCACUCUAAACCUACGCCAACUUUCAGCCAAGAGAAAGUGGCUCCAUCCCCUCCAGCUGCCCCACAGCCUAAGCCAGCUUCAUCACCCAUCUCUUCAUAUAGCAAACCAAUGGGCAACCUGUCUGCACCCAAAGCUUCACAGCCAAUGGGCCCUGGUGCAAGUGCACCCCCUACUGGUGUUCCUCUCUCAAUGAGAGAAGUUGAAGAGCUGGAGAAACUGACCAAGGACUUUAUUAAAGACAUGGACAAAAAGGGUCCAGUUGUCACCUCUGCACCUACAGAGGUGUGUGGAAAGUGUGGGGAGGCUCUAUCCAGGUCUCAGCCUGCAGUCAGGGCGAUGGACAAACUUUUCCACUCUCACUGUUUCUGCUGUGUGAGCUGCCGGCGCCCUCUGCAGGGCAUGCAGUUCUAUGACCGUGAUGGAACACCAGAGUGUGAGGAUUGCUAUGUGAGCUCUCUGGCGAUUUGUUCUCGGUGUGGGGAGCGGAUUACUGAUCGUGUGUUGAAAGCGGUGGGGCAGUGUUUCCAUGCCCACUGUUUCCGCUGCAGUGCCUGUAGCUGCACACUGGAGGGUGCUCCAUUCAUUACCGAUGAUGACAACAACCCCUUCUGUGUUCCUGAUUACCACCGACGUUUUUCUCCUCUGUGUGUGAGCUGCAAUGAGCCAAUUGUUCCUGAUCCUGGGAGUGAAGAAACAGUCAGGGUUGUUGCCUUGGAGAAGAACUUUCACCUUAAGUGCUACCGAUGUGAGGAUUGUGCCCGCCCUCUUUCCAUAGAGGCAGAUGCUGAUGGCUGUUACCCACUGGAUGGAAGAAUUCUGUGCAUGAAGUGCCACACAAAGCGUGCCAAGCAGGCCAUGCAGUGAUUGGACAAGACCCUUUUCACUCAUGCUGAAACCAAAUCUUAGAUACAAGAUUGACUUUGCUUUGAUUUUGUGGUUGCCACAUUGUUCGUUUUGUGUGCUUUGUAACUUUUGCCUUGCCCUGUCGGGUAGGAGUAGCUCCCUCUUCUUUCUAUUCAUCUGCUUAGUUUCAUCAGCAAGCCCAGGGCUUUGCAACUUUAACAACUGUUGUUUUUUUUUUUUUGUUUUUUUUUUCCCCAUGCGUGGCCUUUAGAACCAAUCCCUUUCACCAGGCCCUGCUGCUUUUUCUCAAAGGACUCUGUAGAUGAUUGACUGCAAAAUCACAAGCACAUCACCUCAGCGUGUGGUUAGUUUAAUUUUGAAUAUACUACACUGAUUUAGCCUGUCAUACAAUUUAAAAUAUGGUUAGGGUUUGAUAUUGAAUUUGGACCUAUCUAUGAAUGAUUGGUGAAAUUGGUUGGUUCAGUGCAGAGGUAAUGUACUGUACUGAAGCCCCAGUGCAACUGUCUGCCUUCAUUGCCUUCAGCUCCUAGCGUGCCUCGCACAGGAAAAUGGUAACUAUCAUAAAAUUGCAGCCUUUUGAACAAAAAAAAAAACAAAAAACAUAAAGGAAGAUGAAAGGAGAGUUGGUGUUGCAUAUGAAUACUAGUAUUACUGAAAUAUGAAUCAAAACUAUUUGAAGUAAGAACUAAGCAGGGGGUGGACAAAGCUUUACUUAUCUGUGUUUUGCAUGCAACGUUUAUUGAACAAAGACUGAUCAAAAAUGUGAAAGGAAAAAAAAAAAGCACAUAAAUUGGUAAUGACCUUAUUAUCUAGCAUGAUAGAUUAUUCAAAAUUGUGCAACGCCUUGCAUAACUUCGUAAAGAAUUGGACAGUUUUCAUUCUACAUAAUCAUGUGUGAACAUAAUCUAUGACAUGGAAUGUCCUCCAACAGAAAGGUGUAUGACCAUUGCUCAGUUGUAUUAUGAGGUAUGUGUAAAGUUUUUAAAGUAUUUCGGUGUGUUAGACAGUUGGCCAGUCAUAAGAGGUUUAUUAGGGACAAUACAUGGUCAGAGCUUUUAAAACACUAUUAGAAUAAUGGCUAUGGAUAGAAUUUUUGCACAACUGUCUUAAAAGACUCUGUAGCUGAAAUAUUAUUCAAUAAUAAACAAAUCUUUCACGUAACUGUUAAACACGUGAUGCUACCUUGAAAUUACAGUCAACUCUAGAAAUGAACUUCUAAAGUUCUAAAUAUUCUGUGAAAAAUGCUUAGAAUCUAAGUAGGUAACAUUCCCUGAAAGUGCAUUUUAUACCCACUGCCUUCAUCACUUUUUUUUUUUUUUAUAUUUGUUAUAUUCUGCUAGAAUUAAUCAUGAAUGUUCCACACAGUAUUGUGCUGUCUCUAGACGUAUUCCACUUUUGUUUAACAACUUCCAAGCAUCCCACUUGUUUCAGCUUUUUUUUUUUUUUUUUUUUAAAUGUAUAUAUAUGGGCAGUCUCUCACUGUUAUGCCAUCAUGUAACCUUUUUUUUUUUCUUUACUUAAUUCCAUGUAGGAAUGUGUUUUGUUUGAAUUCCUUUCAUUCCUCAUGCAAUCAAAAAGGAUGGGUUCCAUUCUUAAAAAAAAAAAAAAAUUCUCAUGACCAAAUGUAUUGUUUUAAGAUUUAUUCAGUAUAAUCACAUUUUCUCCCAGUCAUAUAGUGCAUUGGUCUUAUUGUCAUGCAGGUUUCAUCAUGAUACUGCAGAUUACAGUAUGUGAUGGACAUCCAUGUAAAAGGGGAUUUACACUGUUUUUAAGACGUCCUGCACUGAGAUGUUAAAGUCGAUCAGAGUGGUUUGAUGUAAAACUUGGGUUUCUUUACGAUGGUGGUGACCGAAACCAGAGGUGGUAUCCUCUACAAUGCAAAUAGAACAAUUUUCAUUUGCUAUGUAAAAGACCAGUGAACCUACAUGCGUCUGAGUUUUUGUAUGUAAUGGUGAAAUUGUGGUAAAUCUGAAAGUUUUCUUUUGAUACUAUUUUACAAUGUCCUGCCUUACAAUUUUAGGCCAAAACCAUAUCUCAAAACAAUAGUAAAGCAGUGUCUCACACUUCCGGCAGCACAUUAAUAACCACUUCAUGUAAUAACUUCCUCUGUCACUUUUUUUUUUUAUUUAUUUAUUUUUUUUUAAUUUGUAGCUCCUUCAAGCACAAUUCUGACUGACAUUUCUCCAAAACAAAGAAUUUAACGGUAAAACCACACUGAAUUUUUUUUUUUUACAUUAUCAAUUAUGCAGAACUUUUGAGGGGGGGGGAAAAAACAGUGGAAUUCAUCUUUAAGACUUUGUGUUUGCCUUUCAUUCAUUUACUUUACAUGUAAACGGUGCAUUUAAAUUCCUUUCUAAUAUGUGAAUGUGUGUAUGUUUACGGUCUGAGGUAUGCCAACGUGUUGUUUCUGCAAUCAAGCUCCCAUUUGUACUGUAUUAUAAAAUAAUAAUAAAAAGGUCAUUCAUUUGCACGGU